AUGUUUCAUUCCGCAGGAAUUCUAUUGUUGGGCGUUGGCGCCGCAGUUGUUUCUGCUUCUCAGCGAUUACGCUCCAGCGCCUUUGGGGUGCCGGGUAUCGAUGCCUCCUUUGACUAUGUGGUCGUUGGAGGCGGCACAGCCGGCUUGACUAUAGCUGCCCGUUUAGCGGAAACGGCUUCAGUCGCUGUAAUUGAAGCGGGUGGCUUCUACCAGAUGGACAAUGGAAACCUCUCCGUUGUACCCCGUAACAGCUUAGUACAGGGAGUCAUUUCUAACGCAGAAGCUUUUCCACCGCAACCUCUGGUAGACUGGGGGCUAGUUUCCGAACCCCAACCGGGUGCUGGCAACUUGCGUUAUCAUUAUGCCCAAGGGAAGACAUUAGGAGGAUCAUCAGCCCUGAACACGAUGGGUUUUCACAGAGGCCCGAAGGGCGCCUAUGAACGCUGGGCUGAACUUGUUGGAGACCAGAGCUUCACCUGGGAUAACCUACUGCCCUUCUUCAAGAAGUCCUGUAACCUUACCCCACCCGACCUGGAAAAACGACAAGCCGCAAAUGCAACGCCGGUGUAUGAUCCACGUGCUUUCGAUAACGCUUUAGGGGGACCCCUUCAAGUUUCAUGGGCGAAUUGGGUUGAUCCAACAGUUAUUUGGAUUGCCAAGGCUCUGGAACAAAUCGGACUUCCAAUUAGCCCGACUGGCUUUAACAGUGGUAUAAUCACUGGCUAUAGUGGCUGGGGCACAUCAACCAUUGACCCAACGCAUGCUACAAGGUCUUCCUCGCAGACUUCCUUCCUGGAAAAAGCACUCGACGAGACAGAAAUCAUUGUCUAUCCUAACACCCAAGGAAUGAAAGUCCUUUUCGAUUCGAGCAAGAAAGCAACUGGAGUCUCAGUCUCAACUGCAGGUCUCGAAUAUACCAUAUCCGCAACCAAGGAAGUCAUUGUAUCUGCGGGGGUAUUCCACUCUCCUCAGUUGCUUAUGGUAUCCGGUAAGUCAUCAGGUCUUGACCCCCCGGAAGGUCGAAUUGCUCACUUUGAAUUAGGUAUCGGUCCUCAAGAUACAUUGCAAUCCAAUGGCAUCACCGUGGUCUCCGAUCUCCCAGGUGUUGGCCAGAACCUCUGGGACCCAAUAUUCAUGUUGGUCACUAACCAGGUCAACACACCAAGCGGCCCAUCCAUCCUGAUGGAUCCGGCCACUUCAGGACCAGCACUGGCGGACUACCUGGAUAAUGCAUCUGGUCCCUACAGCUCGGCUGGCGGACAUUUCUCCUUUGAGAAGAUACCGGAUAGUAUGAGGAACUUCACGAGCUCGACGGCAUCAGCACUCGCCGAGUUCCCCGCAGAUUGGCCGGAAAUAGAGUAUGAUAUCGCCCCAUUCCCGGGUCCAGAUAACGCAGUGAUUGGAGGCAUUGGGGCUACUCUCACAACAUUGUUCUCCCGUGGAAGCGUAUCAAUUGCCAGUUCAAGCAUGGCAACCCAACCACUUAUCGAUCUAGGCUGGCUUAGUAAUCCAGCAGAUGUGGAGAUCCUGGUAGCCGCGUUCAAGCGUUGCCGUCAACUGUGGAAUACUGAUGCUGCCAACUCCAUCAAAGUUGGACCCGAACUAGUUCCCGGAGCCACUGUCCAGACGGAUGAGGAGAUUGCGACAUAUAUCCGGUCGAACUUAUACCAAAUAUUCCACGCUAGCGCUACGUGCGCAAUGGGAAAGAGUAGCGACCCGAUGGCGGUCCUCGAUUCGGGCGCUCGAGUGUAUGGAGUUCAGGGGUUGAGAGUUGUGGAUGCUUCGUCUUUCCCUUUUGCAAUUCCAGGUCAUCCGCAAGCGUCCGUCUAUAUGCUUGCUGAGAAGAUCGCGGAUGCCAUUAAAAAAGGAAACUGA